AUGCCAUCGGACGACAAAUCAUUAAAGCAGAUUGCAAAGGAGACGCAAAGUGCCGCACCAUCUCAGCUCGGCGAUCCAGUCAGCCUAAAAGCAGAAACAUCAACUACACAGCCCACGGAUCAGGACAAGCCGAAUAAGGCAUCGAACAAUUCGGGUGAUGGGCAGACCUUGAAAGAGAAGGCUGAACAAAGUCUAAAGAGCAAUCCAUCUGCUCUCGGUGAUCCGGUAUCUCUCAAGGCGGAAACGAGCGAUACCGAGCCAACGCCCGACGAUAGAGGUGCAAGAGGAACGAGUAAGACGGGGAAGAAUGAUGGCAAGCCGAAGAUGUAA